GUCAAAAACUAAAAUUUUUUUGUACUCUCGAAAUUUUUUCUUCAUUGUUAAAAUUGUUAAGAAAAUUACUAAAUUAAAACUUCUUUCGUGAUAAAUAUCCGGCCUAAAUGAGUUGAAGUAACAAUCUCAUUCAACGAAAAAGCAAUAAUUCCAAAUCACAAAAGGUCUACUUCUGACUGAGACUGCUACUGGUACUGGACUGGGACCGUCGUCGGACUGCCUCACAAUGAAGAACAACUCGGACGAAAUGCUUUCGUCGAUAAACAAUUCGUUCGAACAGGAGGCACACGACAUCGAUGGCAAUUACGACGGACCUGAUUUGGAUUUCAUCUACAGCGACGUGGACUCGUAUCAGAAUGAAAUUGCCGAACUCUAUAGCUAUACGGAGUUCGGGGAGUUUCAAUUAAAUGUGAAGGCGUUCGAGGACCAAAUGGAAAUGUACAAUCUGCCGCCGAACUGGCAGAAACAAGAUUUCACCACACAGAAAUCGAUCAUAAUGAAGCUAAUUGACCAGUUGGAAGUUUCGAAUCGAACAUUCCGCAUGCAGGCGGCUCGCUGCAUCCUAUAUCUUGCACAGGGCUGCUGGGCAGAGGUGCAGUCGGAUGAGGAACAGCAUCAGAAUACAAGGGACAAUGUGAUUGUGCUCUACGAGCUGGGAGUCUUCGCCUCGUUCAUCGAUCUCUUGAACAUGGAAAUCGACUCGGCUGCCUCGGCCGACUGUGCAGCCAUCAAGAUCUCUAAUGUGUCCCUAGCCGACUCCACAGACUUGAGAGUUAUCCUAUCGGUUUUGUACAUCAUCACAGAGACAAUCCGCGACGAGAAAGAGAAGGACUCGGAGGACUACAAGAACAUCGCGGAAUCGUUUGUGAACGAGAUCAACAGUCCAUUCGGGGAUGAGUUGUUGUCUGUGAAGCUCCUCGGGAUGAUCACUCGCUUCUGCAGCGGUGCUGCUCCCCAUUUUCCCAUGAAAAAGGUCCUCCUUCUGCUCUGGAAGAUCUCCUUAGUCGGCUUGGGCGGCAUGGAGGUCUUGAAGAACCUCAAAAACGAAUACCGGAUGCGCUGUGAUCUCCCCCCGAACACCGAGGACACAAUGGAGAUAACGAAAUGCAUGCGUGCAAGUUCGCCGCCAGCCACGGCCACCGACAUCCUCGACAACCAGAACAUCAAGCGAAACGUUCUCCGCCGCAGCCUGAUCAAGCAGCGGUUCCUCGACGAACAGGAACAAAUGGACAUGGAAUUGCAAUCGGGCGAGGGUGAGGAAGAUCUCACCCAGUACUACAGACCAUUCGACGAUCCUUCGAACAAUGGCGGCGGCGGAGGAGGUGGCGGUAAUGUCGGGAACAAUGGUUGCCCAGGAAAUAACCAGCGCAAUGAGCUGCCAAUUCACAUUACAACUCGAUUGCCAUGGACCCCGAAAGUGCGGCAGAAAGACGUCGACCAGUUCCUGGAUAUAUCGAGGAACAAGUUCAUUGGCUACUCUCUGAUCAAUGAUCACGAGAGUCUGGCUGGGUUGCCGCAGCCAAUUCACGAAGGCGUAAAGACGCUCAGGAAGCACAUGUACACAAGUUUGGCCGACAUACAAAUCAGGAAAGAGGAGGAGAUCGCCCGGAACCCGAUUUCAACACAGGAGGACGAGAUCCAGGUGACACCAGCUGAGAUCCUCUAUCAGGCCAUUCUGCCCAACCUCCCGCAGUACAUGAUCGCAUUGCUGAAAGUCUUGCUCGCUGCAUCUCCGACAUCCAAAUCGAAAACCGAAAGCAUCAAUAUCAUGGCCGACGUCCUGCCCAAGGAGAUGCCCAUGACUCUAACCCAAUCCACGCGAUUGGCCUACGACGUCAGUCGCCACAAAGAAAUCAUCGUCAAAGCGGUCUCGGCAAUAAUUCUUCUCUAUCUCAAGCACUUCAAGAUCAACCACAUCUAUCAGUUCGAGUUCAUGUCGCAGCACCUGGUGUUUGCCAAUUGCAUACCGUUAGUAUUGAAGUUCUUCAACCAAACCAUCACGGAGUAUGUUAGCUCAGAAAAUGCCAUUCCUCUGUUGGAUUUCCCGUCGUGCGUCAUUGGCGAGCAGCCGGAACUGACUUGUGGUGAGAGUGUGGUCUAUGGUGACAACUCGUUGGCGUAUUCGUGGCGGAAUGUCUUCUCCUGCAUCAAUCUGUUGCGCAUUCUCAACAAACUGAUCAAAUGGAAGCACUCGCGCGUUAUGAUGCUGGUGGUGUUCAAGUCGGCGCCGAUUCUCAAGAAGACCCUGAAGGUGCGACACGCUAUGAUGCAGCUGUACGUUCUGAAGCUGCUGAAGAUGCAAACGAAGUAUUUGGGACGACAAUGGCGGAAGUCGAACAUGAAGACCAUGAGUGCAAUUUAUGCGAAAGUCCGUCAUCGUCUGAACGACGACUGGGCCUUCGGCAAUGACUUGGAGUCCCGUCCGUGGGACUUCCAGGCGGAAGAGUGCACUUUGAGGGCGUGUGUGGAUCGCUUCAACUUGCGCCGCUACCCAGAGGCCAUGCAGAAGUGCGGCGCAGGCAGCAAUGGCAAUACGGCUAAUGCCGAGAACGCCAUCAUGGGCAAUGGCAUGGGCGGAGCAGGAACCGACCCCAACACUGUGGGACAAAGUCAAUACAAUGAAGCUAACGACGGCGUAUUCCCCAACGACGAAAUCCUCUCGCACGCUGAUUUUGCCUUCUUCGGGCAUAGCGGAUGGUGGGACAAGAAGAUCGAACUGACGGAUAACUUUAAGUCCAACUAUACUUUGUGGCUGCAGGAUGAAGUCUACAAUACUCAGAUUGACUGGGACUCGAUUUAAGAAUUAAAUAUAGAUCCCGCCUUGUUUCAGCAAAAGCAACAACAACACCAUUCAUUCAUGCAUUCAAAUGCCAAUGUUAUUCUCACUCACUCUUUCCCCUUCCUGCCCUCUUCCCCCAUCCACGAUCGAUGAAAUAGGCUUUCGUUUUCUUCAAGUAAAUGUUUCUUCCAUUUCACUCCUAGACGCUGCUUGAUAUGCGAACUAAACUCAACUCUAUUCGAAAAACUUUGUUUAUGUUUUUAUUUAUUUUGAUAGUAUUCUUUUGCUAUCGUUCUAAGUUACUUUGGCUUUCUUGAUUUCUAUGGUCCUGUUCGUCGUCGUCUUUUCGUUUGCCGUUUCCCAUUUUAUUUUAGCUUAAUUUCAUUCGGCUAAACAUUCAUUUCAAAUUUAUAUAGUUUAUUAAUAGCGAAGUUACAGUAUAUACAUAAACAAUUAUUAUAUAAAAUGAUAACCACUAAACAACAAAACAAAACAAAAAUCAAUUAGGAAUAUAAUUAUUAUAUACAAAAACAAACAUUUAACAAAUUAUGUAAGCAAAAUUGUAUUACAAAAAAAAAAAAAAAUUGCUAUACAUUGCAAACAAUAAUAAUUAUAAAUGUUAGUUAUAACUGAA